GGCGGACCACCACCCACUGGAGGCCCCGAAAACUUCCGUAAUGGGCGGCAUACGGUAGCAUUUUCGCCACGUAGCCUGCAUAUUUAAGUGUUGGAAUUUCCGAAAAAGGGAAUUUUAAUGAAACGACAGCGGAGCAAGUGAGUUGGCAGCCGGACACCGCGGUCAAUCGAACGGAGUCCUGCCAGGAUCUCCCACCAGCCGACGACCACCGAGCAGCUCAUCAUUGGCAUCAACACCAUGGUCACGAACAUGUCGCAGCCGCAUUAUUGUGGCACGGGCAUCGACGAUUUCCACACAAACUACAAGUACUUCCACGGCUACUUCUCCCUGAUCGUGUGCAUCCUGGGCACCAUCGCCAACACCCUGAACAUCAUCGUGCUGACCCGCCGCGAGAUGCGCUCCCCCACGAACGCCAUCCUCACGGGUCUGGCGGUGGCCGACCUGGCGGUGAUGCUGGAGUACAUCCCGUAUACGGUGCACGACUACAUACUCAGCGCCCGGCUGCCGCGGGAGGAGCAGCUGAGCUACAGCUGGGCGUGCUUCAUCAAGUUCCACUCGGUGUUCCCCCAGGUGCUGCACACCAUCUCCAUCUGGCUGACGGUCACCCUGGCCGUGUGGCGCUACAUCGCGGUGAGCUAUCCGCAGCGGAACCGCAUCUGGUGCGGCAUGCGGACCACCCUGAUCACCAUCGCCACGGCGUACGUGGUGUGUGUGCUGGUGGUCUCGCCCUGGCUCUACCUGGUCACGGCCAUCGCCAAGUACCUGGAGACCCUGGACGCCAGUGGCAAGACGAUCGCCUCGGUGCCCCUCAGCCAGUACAUCGUGGACUUCAAUCGGCAGGAGGACGUGACCAUGCAGGUGAUGUCCAGCACCACUCCGGACCUUUCCUGGGCGAUGCCGAAUGGCCUGGCCAACGGGACCGCCGUUAGCCUGCUCAGCCUGACCACAGUGGUGCCCCUGACCACUCUGACCACCGGGGUGACCACAUCCUCGUCCAUGGGCGAGCGGAACGUGACCGUCUUCAAGUUGUACCACAGUGCACUCGCUCUGCAUGAUCGCCAGUUCCGGAAUGCCACCUUCCUGAUAUACAGCGUACUGAUUAAGCUGAUUCCCUGCUUCGCACUCACCAUAUUGUCGGUUAGGUUGAUUGGCGCCCUUCUGGAGGCCAAGCGGAGGAGGAAGAUCCUGGCCUGCCACGCGGCCAACGACAUGCAGCCAAUCGUGAACGGAAAAGUGGUGACGCCCAGUCAACCCAAGAGCUGCAAGCUGCUGGAGAAGGAGAAGCAGACGGACCGCACCACCAGGAUGCUCCUGGCCGUCCUGCUGCUCUUCCUGGUCACCGAGUUCCCGCAGGGCAUCAUGGGUCUGCUGAACGUCCUCCUCGGCGACGCCUUCUUCCUGCAGUGCUACCUUAAGCUGAGCGACCUCAUGGACAUCCUGGCGCUCAUCAACUCGAGCAUCAACUUCAUCCUCUACUGCUCGAUGAGCCGCCAGUUCCGGAGCACGUUCGCGCUGCUCUUCCGGCCCCGCUGGCUGGACAGGUGGCUGCCGCUGUCGCAGCACGACGGCGAGGGGAGGGUGGGCGGCAGCGGCGGCCUGGGCGGAUACGGCGGGUACGGGCGGCAGCGGCUGCUGCACACGGACGCCGCCAGCAAGAGCAUGGCCAUCGAUCUCGGGCUGACGACGCAGGUGACGAAUGUGUAGCACGAGAGCAGCGGCCGGGCGGCGAUGUCGGCCGCGAUUGGCGGCGGGGUGGCAGCCGCAUCGGUGGCAGUGGCAGCAUCCGAGCUUGAUGGAUGUCCCGACGCCACCGAGGCGGCCGUGACCACUAACGACAUCAGCCUGGUCGAGAAGCUGCACCUGCAGUCCGGGCAAAAGGGAACGACCACCUCCACCUCCAGUUCCGGCCAACAGCGGAGGCGGCGCAGUGGGAGUGGCGGCAAGUGCAUCUGGCCCACCACGGACUGGCUGAGGAAGCUGCGCAGUCCGAGGGCCAGGGAGAGUGAGGGGUCCUGCGACCAGGAUGUGGAGCUGGCCAAGGGACCCGUCAACCGACGCAGCAGUGUCCUUCUGAUGGUGCUGCUCAGCAGCUCCGACGAGGUGAAGGCCAAGGCGGUUUUGGUCAGCGAGCAGCCGCCGAGUCCUCCGGACGAGGAUGUGGAAGACGCCAUCGACGCCCUCUGGCUGUGAGAUGUCCCUACUACCCUUUUACUCCCUGUAAAUUAUCCUUCCACCCACUAAUGCUUAGCCACCUUGUACAGACCAAUUCGCGCAUCAAAUUGUCCAGCGCUGCUUCCAAAGUUUUCCCGCCAGCGUUGCCUCAAUGGUCGAGAGCCCCGCCGCCGAGGCUUCGCUCCGCCGGAAAACCAAUGGGUAUUACGGAUAGUUCUAGCCCCUGAAAGCAGCCUGGAACAUUUUGCGACCACACUUGAUAAGUGAUAUACUUGACUAAGUUUCACCCCAUGAAUAGUUGUGUAAGUGCCAAGCGCAUCUCCAGAUACAAACCAAAACGAAUUAGCUAUAGUCCAACUAUUAUCUAAGGAGUAUUUAUAGAACGAUUCGGUAAAUAAGAGAUCCAAUUUCUUUUUCUAUUGAAAUAAAUGUUUAUUCGAUGGUAAA